CCAGGAGGCCCACCUGCACCAGGAGGCCCUCCUGCACCAGGAGGCCCAGCAGGGCUGCAAGAGGAGGAGAGGUUCUAAGGAGAACAGAGACCCAGCAGAGAUUCUGCUGAGAACCAGAAGAACGCAGAGAUGCCUUACACAGACCAGAACCAGAACAAAAUGCCGGACCACAUCUGGGUUUAGGUCUGGAAGAGAGAUCCAGUCCUGCAGACCAAAAGUUAAAGUGGCUUUGAUCCGGAAGACCAAGAUCCAGAACUUAGUCCAGACCCUGGUCCAGUUCAGACCAUCUAACCCAGACCACACAGACCGAACUGAACCAAGACCCACUGAGACCCAGCUGGACCAGAGGGACCGACCCAGGACCGGCAGACCAAAACCACGACUGAGUCUACACAGAGCAGAACCAGAGCCAGCAGGUCUGAGACCAUCCUGGGUCCAGAGUCCUGCAGAGGAGAAAGGGCGCCACUGAGGACCAGAACCAGGAGAACUGAGACCAGAACCAGGAGAAGCGACACCAGAACCAAGAAAACUGAGACUGUAACCAGGAGAAGGACGAAGAUUCACCCUUCAGCCUUCAGAGGCAGAGGUCAGCUGCGGCUGUCAAUCACUGCAGAGGCAGGACAGCUCAUCAUUCACAUCCAUGAGGCCAGAGGCCUGAUGGGAAAAUCCUCCAGGUCGUGUGACUCAUAUGUGAAGGUGGGCGUGGCCUCCGGACGACAUCACAGCGUCACCAUGAGAACCGAGACAGUUCCAAACAGCAAGAACCCUGAGUACAGACGACGCUUCACACUGUGUAUCCGGGACGAGCUCCUCCUCAGCAGGUUGUUGGUUUCAGUUUUCAGGAGAUCAGCAGACAGCAGGUGCAGUCAGUUGAUUGGCUGUAUGAGCUUUGGGAUUGGUUCUUUCAUCUCGUCCUCUCAGCUGCUCACUGGUUGGUUCUACCUGCUGGGGGAAGAAUAUGGGUGGAGCAAGCACCUGAGAGUGACAUCACAGCGUAGAGGACCAAUGAGGGGCCCUGAGGAGACGGUGGCUCUGAAAGCCGACCUCAGGAGGACUCCGGACUCGACUCCAGAACCCGACUUGAACCAGAACCGCACCACCACAGGACAUACAGAACCCACCAACCACAGCCUGACGAGCACCAACUACAGCAGCUACGGUUCCACGCUGUUUACCAACAACAACCAGCGUCACGGCAACCAGGACAACAAACUGAUGGUGAGCAUCGUCCGAGGAACAGACGGGUUUGGAUUCACCAUCUGCUGCGACUGCCCGGUCCGAGUCCAGGCGGUGGAUCCAGACGGUCCAGCUCAUCGGUCCGGACUCCGUCAGGGCGACUCGGUUCUGCAGCUCAAUGGACUUCCAGUGGAAACCUGGAAGUGUGUCGACCUGGCGCAUGCCAUCAGGAGCUGUCCGUCUCAGAUCAUCCUGGGGGUGUGGAGAGGUUUACCUGAGCUCAGGUCAUGUGACACAUUGCUCCGCCCACCAACACACAGCGUGGCGACAGGCGAGAAAUUGCUGUCUCACCCCUCCUACAGCAAACAUAGCCGUCGCCGGGGUCAGGAGACGGGGGUCCGGUCCAGUCUGGGUGCUCUGGGUUUUCUGUGGAGGGACUGGAAAGAGGACCGUGAGGUGGAGGAGGACCAGGAGGAACCGGAGUUGUCCCGUCACACCGCCACAAUGAAAGGAACCCGAGUGACGUCAUCAAAUGGAGACAAUUACAUCAUCUUGUCAUCUGUCAGUCCAGGAGGACAGCUCCUGCAGCCGGUCUACCAGGACAGGAAUGGAACCCUCGGUACCACCUCCCUCUGGAACCCACCGUCUGUCCUGAGUGGUUCUGAAGGUUCUGAUUGUAAACGGAGUGUUGGUUCUUCAGAUCAUCUGUACCAGACUCAUCCCAGCAGAGGUCAGAACCUCCUCCACGACCCUCCACCCGGGUUGUCAAGACGACGGUUAUCCUCCACCCUGACUCCGCCCACCUCAUCAUCAGCCCCUCCCAGUAACUACGGCAACUACCAGAACUGCACCAUUGUCCAAUCACACCUGCCCUGCUCUGGAUACGGAACCUACGUCACCCUGGCACCAAAAACCCUCAUCUUCCCUGUCUUUGUCCAGCCUCUGGAUCUCUGCAGUCCACAAAGAACCCUGCUGAUGUCAGAGGAGAUGGUUCUACACCAGGCGGACCUGCUGCCUGCCAAGGUGAUGGUGCUGAUCUAUUCUGACCUCUUGCUGCUGACCAGAGAGGAUGAAUGUGGACGCUGUAACGUCCUACAGAGUCCAGUGUACCUGAACACACUGCAUCUCAGAGACGUGCUGUCGGAGCCUCUAAGGAUCUACCUCCUCCAGAACUCUCAGAGCUGCUGUCGGGUUCUGUUCAGCCUGGAGGCCUUCAGCGUGGAGCAGAAGGUCCGAGUCAGCCUCUGUCUCCAUGACAACAUGCAGCUGGUCGCCACGAAGGCCGGCCACAGCCACCAGCUCCCCAAUCUCCAAUCAGACUUCGGCCUCCUCUCUCUGUACCCGCCUCCCAGCUCACCCCCCUGUGACUCCGCCUCCCUCCCCCCUUGCCCCCCCUCUUCCCCCCUUUGGAAGGAGUGGGAAAGGCUGGAGGAGGAGGAGAGGCGGAAGAGGAGGUGGGAGGAGGAGGAGGAGGAGCGGCAGCAGGGGGAGGGGGAGAGCGCCUCAGAGACGUCAGAGCAUGUCGGAGGAGUCUGGGGGCGUGGUCUGUUGCUCGGCACCCCCCACGUCCACAUGAAGGAGGAGGAGACUGAUGAUGAGGAGGGGCUCAACUGCAGAACUUCAGUUCUGCGCCGUUCGUUCUCUGAAGGUUCCCUGCUGCAGGAACCUCGGUCGCCCCGUUUCCUGUCCGACAGCACCAUCCAUCGCCUCACCCGCCCCGUGACCUUCGAACUGGACUCAGGCUCUGCCCCCCAGCCCCCCUCCCCCCGGACCCUGAGGAACCAGCUGACCAGAGAGGGCGGGUCUCUGCACCACAUGAUGCUGCUGCUCAAUGGACCCAAGGCUACAGACUCCAGGAACCAUCAGCUGAGGAAGAAGACCAGGAUCCUGGCUGCUGAUGUUCGGAGCCGUCUGGCGUUUUUACGGAGACAGAAAAGCAGUACCGAUUACCACGGUAACAGUUUGGAGAAAGCUCUCAGAAACACCAGGCCGUCUGGAGGGGAGGUGCUGAGCUGGGCGGAGAGUCUGGAGGCUCUGCUGACCAAUCAGUAUGGUCUGGCGGUGUUCCGUCACUUCCUGAGGUCAGAGUUCAGUGAGGAGAAUCUGGACUUCUGGUUGGCUGUGGAGAAGUUCAAGAAGACACGCCCCCUGAGCAAGAUGGUUGCCAGAGCAGCAAAAAUCUACGAAGAGUUUAUUUCAACCAACGCCACGAGACAGGUCAACGUGGACUCGUCCGUCAGAGAGUCGACCAAUCAGAGCCUGCGUCUGGGUGUUAGCUCUGCCUCCUUCCAGCUGGCCCAGGAUCAGAUCUUCAGCCUGAUGGAGACGGACAGCUACCCACGAUUCCUGAAGUCCCGCCUCUACGUCCAACUGGCCAAUCACAACGCUCACACAGCCAGUUAAAGUGGAGUGUCAGCCAAUCCUGAGGGAGGAGGGGCAGGGGCGGGGCCAAGCUGUUGGAGUGUCUGAUUGGCCUGAAAUGUAGGAUGAGUGUUUCUUAGACUUACUGUAUAAAUAAAGGUUUUUAACCAGCAACUUAUUUUAAUGAUCAGUUUAAGGACAGAAACUAAACGGGACUAAUGGAACGUUACCAGCAGACGUGUUCUGUUCCAGAACCUAGACUUUGGUUUAAAGUAGUUUUUAACUGUUGGAUGAAUAUCAGUUUUAAUAAUAAACUGAUCUUUUAACUUGUUUUAAUGAUCUGAAUGUGAACAGAACCUACUGAGGUUCCUCACCUGGAGAACCAGGAACACGUUCUAGAAUAAAACAUCAGUGUUCAACCUGC